AUGGAGAAAUCAGAUAGCAAAGGUACCGUUAACGGAAGAGGGAAUAACAAAUCACAAAGUAAGAGUGAGAAAACUGUAACAUCUGAUGAUGGAAGCAGUCUUAAUGGUUUAAAUAACGGUAAAGCGUUGAAUAAUUCGAGUAAGAAGUCCAGACUUGAAAGUGUUGAAGAGGAACCAGAGAACAAUGCUGAUUUUACCGGGUCAGAUGAAUUCAUGGAUCCAAAUGUGGAGAAAAUUCCGACGCACACUAGAAGGAAGACAAACUUUUCUGAUAGAAAACCAAAGCUGGCAAGAUCGAUAAUGAAUUCUGAAGGUGACCGCAAUGCUAAUGAUUAUGAUGAGUCCGUCUUUUCCUCAAAUUCUUCCGACGGAUAUUAUGACGAAUCUGUGACACAGAGACCGGUGAUAUUACGAUCGAAUAACUUCCGCAGCUUAACAAAAAACAUCUCUGAUGAGCUAAAUAGGAAUUUUGAUGCAUUACCAUCUCUUCAGGAGAUACAGACAGCGAGUGAAGUGAAACCACUUGCAAAACCUCGCUUUAUCAGGGCAAGAGGUGUGGUGAACAUUGAGGAAGCCCCAUAUUCUAGAAGAUACCUAGUGCUUCUUCAGAUCAUGUUCGGAUCCAUUCUUGGUGUAAUGAGCCGUGUGGCGAUGAUCACUCUAACAAAUUACCAAGGUGCAUACAUAAAUUACCACCCAGGAACUUGCUUGUGGUGUAAUUUUGCUAGCUGCUUUGUGCUUGGGUUGUGCAACAACUUUUUCACAUUUUGGAGUAACGCACUUCGAAAUUCUGGAAAGCGUAACAUGAAGCAAUUGGCACUACACACGGGAAUAACAUUUGGUUUCUGUGGUGCCUUUUCCACGUGGGGUGCACUUUUAUCAGAGGUGGAUUUCAAGACGAUAGAUAUUGUUAAUGGCGGAACAAAACUUCCGGCAAGAGGAUACGGGGCGUUAGAAUUCUUCAGCGUUUUCUUUGUUCAGAUGUCUAUCUGUGUGACUGGAUAUGUUCUUGGAAAGGAUUUGGCUGCUCUUUUAGACAUUUGGUGGGUGACAAAGCGGGCUUUACGUCACUGGAACUAUGAAAACCUCCGAAGAGUUGAGAUUACUUUUGCUCUUUUUGGCACCAUCGGCAUCAUUGCGAACAUUGUCGUAGUUUGCACCCUUCCUAUGUCCAAUUGGUAUAAAAGAAAGUAUGCAAUCACUGUUCUAUUUGGAAUCCCGGCUGGCUUGUUACGAUUUUUCUUUUCCAGUUACAACGGUGUUUUACGUUGGAAAUGGUUUCCCGCUGGAACCUUAAUUUCAAAUGUGUGCUCUUCGACUAUCAUGGCCGUACUUAAUAUCCUUAUAUAUGGAUAUAAGGAUGAGAAGACGCUAGAGAUGAUUAUCAGCGAUGGACCGAAGAAGUAUAUUUUGAAGUCGCUCAUAUUGGGAUUUUGUGGCUGCCUCAGCUCCAUUGCCUCGGUUAUUAAUGAGCUAUAUAGUCUCGAACACCCAGUACAGAGGUAUGUGUAUUUUGGAGCUACGUUUCUCUUCUGCUGGAUCCCAAUAUUUGUUAUGGACUGCGUUUACGCAUGGGUCCGGGGCUUUAAUCCAAGCUGA